AUGAAAAACAAACGCCAUGUCUUCCUUUCUUUACAACAUCGCUCCGCACUCUCGAUCCGCGAAAACAGACAACGACUCGGCCACGCAGCCUUUCACUGGGGUAUACUCAUAUGCUCCAAAAACCCCACAGAAUCAAAUUGCUGCGUUUUCGACGCAAGUGACGGAAUCCUCCUAGACGAGACAACCGGCAUAAAUCUGAACCCUGACGGCAACUGGAACUUCCGAGAAAAGACCUAUACCGACCCUCAAGCGAUUGCUCACUUUUUGGGAAGUGUGAUGAUUGAGAAACUACCCAAGGGAAUCACCAACGCGGGUUUUCGUGAUAUUCUCAAGGAUAUUGCACUUCCACAACCUGGUGCUAAGCCGGAACAAAACUGCGUUAGCUGGACUAGAAAUGGUAUUUUGGAAUUACAGGAGAAGGGUCUUGUUGAGCAGUUCGAUCUGGAUCGGUUCAUGGAUGAUGCUCUUGCCUAUGCAGAUAAACAUUUACGAGACUACAACUCUACACCUGCUAGUAUCAACUACACAGACCGGCCUAUGUAA